CUGUUACUGCCGGCAUCAGAUGCCUCUCUGUCACAGAUUUUGUACCCAAUUUUAAGAUGAUCCCUUUUUUUGAGUACCCAAAUAUUAGUUGGUUACCCUUUGUCUUGUACUUAACAUAAAACAGUGCCUUUUAGCUUUAAAAAUUAUUCCUUUCUUUUUAUAUCUUUACCAUUUAUUUUCUAGAAUCUUGUGAUUGGUUUAUUUAUAGUGAGACAGUCGAUGAUUUUCAGUAAUUUCUUGGUUGUUUUUCAGUGGUUACAAAGACAAUGAGAGGUUUUGAUAGAGCAGUGGAAUGGCUUAGACCAUUUGUUGAUAGUAAAGGUUGGGAUUUUUGUGUUGUUUGGAAAUUGGGUGAUGAUCCAUCGAGGUUUAUUGAAUGGAAAGAUUGUUGUUGUAGUGCUUGUUUUAAUGUCAACGUGGAAAAAGAUGAGUCGCAGAAGCCAUUUUGCAGGGAUGGUCAUUUCCAACAUUCCAUAAGAUCAAAGGCUUGUGAAGCUCUUUCACAUUUUCCUUUCGCCAUUUCUCUCUAUGCUGGGAUUCAUGGAGAGGUAGCUAUGUCAAAUCAGCCAAGUUGGGUUAACCAUGGCAAUCCCUCUGGUUCACAGUCUUCAAAUGUGGAAAUGACAGGAACCCGAGUUCUGAUCCCAGUUUUCAGUGGUCUUAUCGAGCUCUUCACUUCGGAACAUAUGCCGAAAGAUCAGAACCUCAUAGAGUUGGUAACAUCUCAAUGCAAUGCAGUUUUAAAACAAGAAAUCACAACUGGAGAAAACUAUGCAAAAGCAAAUCUUGACAAAUGCUAUAACUUGCCAUUUUCCAUCAGCUUGUCGACUUUUGUUCCGAGAAUCGAAUUGAUUCCACCAAUAUCAGAUUCAAACUCCCAUCAUAGCUUGGAUGGAUCACACAGUGGUUCCAGUCCUUCAAUUGAACAUCCACCAUUUGCUUCAGAUUCUGCCUAUAUUUCUCAAGAUGAGCAAUUCAAGCAGCUAAUUGGCACAUAUUAUGGAACGAAAAGAUUAAGAUGCAGCAAAAAUGUGCCCGAGCAACAAGCAAGGUUUGCUCCAGACGGUAACAAGUCCAUAAAAGACAAAACGAGAACUACCAAGCAGCCUGCAAAAGAGAAAUUCCAUUCUAAGAAUCUUGUCAUGGAGAGGAAUCGAAGGAAGAAGAUAAACGACCAGCUCUUCAAGCUACGAGCUUUAGUCCCUAAGAUAUCCAAGAUGGAUAGAACUGCCAUUCUUACGGAUGCCAUUGAAUAUAUCGGAGAUUUGCUGGAGGAGAAGAAGAAACUUGAAAAUGAGCUCAUGAAAAUCGAUGAAGAAAACUGUGAAAAGAGCAACUUAGAACUGAAGUCUACAUUGUUAGACAAGUCACCUAAGGACAACAUGUCUGCCGUUAAGCCAAACCAAGUUUCGUCCAGCCUUGCCAAAAUGGCAAAAAUGGAGGUACAUGUAGAAGUGAACCAGUUAACUAAACGGGAGUUCUUGAUCAAGCUCUAUUAUGAGCACAAGAGAGGAAGCUUUGCAAAGUUGAUGGAGGGCAUAGAUUCUUUGGGACUUCAAGUGAUUGAUGCUAAUGUCACAACAUUUAAUGGAAAGGUUCUCAGCAUGUUCAAAGUUGAGGCAAACAGGGAUUUUCAAUCCAGGAAACUGAGGGACUUCUUGACAAACCUAACAAAGUAGAUAAAUCAUAUUCAUGGUUUCAAUAUACCAUACAGAAAAUGUAGAUUCAGACUUGAGAAUGAAGCAAUGUAUAGUAAAAAUGGACAGUUUUCAGCCGAGAGAUAAAGAAACUAUUCCAUUGAUGGAACUUUACUUCAAGCAGCUCCAACAAUCAUGAUUAGAAACUUUUGACUGUAAAAUUUUUGUGGGUUUUCCUCCCCUUGUUCUUACACAUGUAGUUUUUACUAAAUUCUACAUACAAAUUGCUAAUUCUGUGAAGAUAGUUGAGGUUUUUGUUUCA